UGUUGUCAAAACCAUCCUGACAACCCUUGUUGUCCACAAUGGUGAAAUAUCUCUAUUUUCUAUGGAAUACUUGAUUGAUUUUCGAUCUGGCUACGUAGCUGCUAUUUGACGUUGCAAAUUAGAGAGGCUCAAAGGUCAUAUUCCUAUUCCAAAGUACUUAUACCAAAUAAGGCCACGUUCCUAAUAAGGCCAAUGUUGUUUUUUGGUAAAAGUACACACACUAAUUAUAAUUUUAUUAACUCAGUCGUAAAGGAAUCUGCAACAAUAAUUCGAAGAAUAAUUUAAGCUUACACGCUCAACCGCUAGAUGCUGUACCCCCUUGUUCAUGUUUUGUUCGAUGAACGCUAUAAAAUUAACCUAACAAAAACGAUUGUGUAGUGAAACCACGUUUUCAUUUCGGCAGCCGGUGCACCCUGUUAUUAUUGCUUCUCUAACAAGUAUAGAAUUAACCAGAAAAAUUCUGAGCCAAUUAUGACAAAACGAGCUCAGUGGACUGAGGAUAAAAUGCGAAGGGCUUCAGAAGAAGUCCAAAACGGAAACCCGGUGCUUACAGUGUCGAAAAAGUAUGGCAUUCCUAGGCGUACCCAAGGAACCAUAUUGCCACGGGCAACCCAAGCAGAAAAUUAGGGACUCGACCUCUUUUAAAUGUUGACCAGGAAAAAGAUUUGUGCAGAAGGAUAUUCCGAUUGGCAAAGGUUGGAAUGCCUCUAACUCCUAAAGUUUUAAGAAGAAGUGUCUUCACGUUCAUCGAGGAAAAUGGUUUGAAGCAUCCUUUUUCUCCACAGAUAAGGCUGGCAGGAAGGAAAUGGAUGGCACUGUUCUAUAAGCGACAUCCUGAAGUUGCACGGAGGAAGUCACAGAUGCUAAACCCUGCAAGGGCACGAAAAUUAAAUAGGCACAUCGUACAGGAAUACUUCAAGAAACUCGAAGAAGUUUUGACAGAUUUGAAUCUAUUCAACCAGCCACAGCUUAUCUACAACAUGGACGAAAAAUGUUGUCGCCUGACUCUUCACCACCAGCAGCACGUUCUGAGUAGAAAAGGAGCAAAAAGAGUACAUCUGAUAGCACCAGAGCACGCUGAAAGUGCCAAAGUAGUAGCUUGUGGAAAUGCUUUGGGUCAGUGCAUUCCGCCUAUGAUAUUGUUCAAAGGCAAACGGCAAAAGCCAGAAUGGAUUGAUUCGAUGCCACCUGGCCAUCAAUAAAAAUGACUGCGAAGGGCAGUAUGACUGCUGUGACCUUGACCAGUUGGUUGGAUCACUUUGCGAAAUUCAGAUCCCCUGGAAGAUGCUUACUGAUAUUCGACGGUGCGCGUUCACAUCUGGACGCUAACAUCGUGGAUGUGGCUGAAGCUCAUGGCAUAACGCUUCUCUGCCUUCCAUCAAACACUACCCAUGAGCUUCAGCCACUUGAUAAGAGCGUUUUUCGAGCUUUUGAGCAUUAUUGGGACGAGGAAGUUCUAAACUACUGGACACGGAAACCCGAAAGGAGAAUAACUAGAGCCCGAUUUGGCCACAUUCUGAGCAUUGUAUGGCCCAGGGCCA